AUGCUUCUGCAAAUAUCCUACUCCACGGACUUAGCCUAUAGAUGGUUACUACAGGACAACCCGUUAGUGCCGUUUGCCCAUUCGUCUAAACUAUACACGCAGAAAUGCCUACUCACAAAGCACUACUGUCCGCCUCUGUCCGCCCUCCCCCCCCCUUUAGGUUUACCGCGAUUGGCUUUGAUCCGCCGGGCUGCGGUUUCAGCACUCCCCCCGCACGCGAUUGGAGUGAUCCGGGGAUCCUGCUGCAGGAUGCACGAGUUGGCGUGAAUUUGAUGCAUCAACUGGGUCAUCUGCCCUUCUCCUGCGUGGGCUGGUCAGAGGGCGCCCAGUCGGCCAUCCGGGCAGCAUCGGAGUUAAAUUUUGACGGUCAGUCACAUUUUGAGUGGCUCAUUCUGCUGCUGGCGCAUCUGCUUAUUUGUUGUUCUAGAAUGCGCAUAUUGUGGACGCUGACAGUGACAGUAUGUCAAAUGGUCCGUUGCCUGGCGUCGUGAUUUGAUGACCUGUACUCCUUACACACACGCACACGGCGCAGUGAAUGAAACGAAACGAGGUCAAAUUUACCUCAGACUGCUGGGAAUACCUGAAAGGACACAUCACGAAGCAGCCCUUGCAGCCUGACCUUCCGUUCUGGGAAGAACCGAGGUACUCCGUCAAGCUAGCACUCCUAGUUCAUCAUGAUAGAUUCAAGUGCGCCAGAUUUAUUUUAGUUAGUAAUGCUCCAGUGUCAACGCCAGUCCCUCGGGUUUUACCUAAUCGGCCAGUAUUCCAAGUACCUUCACAAAUUUCCAAAUUUUAGGGGAUUUCCCCUGCCUACUGAAUGCCCUCCUGGGCAAUUAAUUUUACCCGAACAUGAGAGCGGAAUGCUGUGAAAUGCUCUCAGAAUUUCGUGUGUGUCUGUGUGUGUGUGAUCAGCUUGCUACUGCCAAGUCUUUUCCAUUUGCCACCGGCUUAUUGUACGCCGAUAUACGAAGUAAGCCUAAUCCAUGCAUUCAGACUCGAUUGAUGGCCUGGUGGUCUGGGACCUGGAGGAAGAAAUUGCCUCGGAGGAGGGGUCGGGGAAUGGUGGUCACAUUAUGGGCGCCUCCUCCGGUUCGGUAGACGCCUGGCCAGACAGCCGUCGUCUUCCGUUGCAGGCUGUCUAUGGUAGAGCCUACAUGCGGGAUAGUUGGCCUGCCUACGUUGAGACGAGAGAGAUCCGACGUAUGGGUCCUGCCGAUCUCCGCUGCCUGCCGCAGCGUCUCCUCCGGAUGCCCCUACUGCAUAUUGCAUCACGGCUCUCUGAGGCAGGACAACACCAGGAUGCCAACAGCCAAUCAACUGAAUCGGCUCUCCUCGCCUGUUCGGGCUGCUGUUCAACCCUCUGGCCCGCCAGGUCCGAAGCGGAGCAGAAGGCUAGCUGGCAGCUGCCACACAAGUUGCAUGCUGACUUCUUUCAGUCCUCUGUCGAAAACUUUAUUCUCAAAUCUAUUCACUAA